CGAAUCACAACGAUAUCGAUAGCAAAUCAGCUGAUUUCACUACUCUAGUUUAAUUACAUGAACGUGUUUAUAUAGAAACUAAGUUUUGCGAUAAGAUGGCCUGGGGUGAACUUAUCGCCAGUCUUUCAACAAAUCCGUAUUUCGGUGCCGGAUUCGGUUUAUUCGGAGUUGGCGCCAGUGCAGCGAUACUAAGGAAGGGUCUACAAGGUGCGGUGGUUUUAUUUCGUCGACAUUAUUUGAUUACCUUGGAGGUACCCUGUAGAGAUAAAUCGUACCAAUGGCUUUUGAAAUGGAUAACCAUUAGAGGAGCUAAGAAGACACAACACUUGAGUGUGGAAACGACGUUCUUACAGAACGAUAAUGGACAGGUGAAAACGAGUUAUGACUUUAUACCGAGUAUUGGAAAACAUUUAUUUCGGUAUAAACGCAAUUGGAUUCAAGUGGAGCGGACAAGGGAGCAACAAACAUUGGAUUUACACAUGGGAGUUCCAUGGGAAUCUGUUACGCUGACAGCGUUGGGAAGCAACAAGCAAAUGUAUUUUGAAAUUCUGGAAGAAGCCCGUCAAUUGGCGUUACAAGCGACAGAGGGAAAAACACUUAUGUAUACCGCAAUGGGUUCGGAAUGGAGGCCAUUUGGUCAUCCCCGAAGACGCAGACCGACGACUUCAGUAGUAUUAGAUGAAGGAAUUUCCAAAAGGAUCAUUGCGGACUGCAACGAUUUCAUUGGGAAUUCUUUGUGGUAUACACAGCGAGGAAUUCCCUAUCGCAGAGGCUAUUUAUUAUAUGGACCACCUGGAUGCGGUAAAUCAAGCUUUAUAACUGCCUUGGCCGGAGAAUUAGAGUAUGGCAUCUGCUUGCUAAACUUAUCGGAACGGGGACUUACAGAUGAUAGACUGAAUCACCUAUUAAAUGUCGCCCCAGAGCAAACGAUAAUAUUACUCGAAGAUAUUGAUGCUGCAUUUGUUUCUCGAGAAUCAACGUUACAGCAAAAAUCUGCUUACGAUGGCUUAAACCGUAUAACAUUUAGCGGAUUGUUAAACUGCCUUGAUGGCGUUGCUUCCACCGAAGCACGUAUCGUUUUUAUGACUACGAAUUACUUAGAUCGCUUAGAUCCCGCCCUAAUUAGACCCGGCCGAAUUGAUUUAAAGGAAUACAUCGGUUAUUGCAGUCAAUAUCAGCUCGAACAAAUGUUUCGACAAUUUUUUGGAGAUCAGGCAAAGUCAGCAUCUACAGAAUUCGCUCAACGAAUUAUUGAUACCGGCCGUACAGUGAGUCCGGCGCAAAUCCAAGGUUUUUUCAUGAAACACAAAAUGUCGCCACCGCAAGUUGUGGUCGACAGUUGCCAAAGUAUUUGGGAAGACGAUCCGAAGUAACUGUUAAUUUUAAUUAAUACAAUUUUAUUAUUUAAAUUGUUUUAUUA